AUGCGUUCCUGGCAAAUACUCUCCCACUCCCCAAACAAUUUCCACUGGCAAGUUACCCAAGACGUUGCUCAUUCUUCUCCCAUUCCUCUCCCCUCUCCCAUUUCCCUCCCUACCAUGGCCGAUCUUCUCCAUGGCUCACCAGCUCUUCUUACCUCCCACGACGCCAUUGCGCGAGGUGAUGAGGGAGCAAUGGGUGAUACUUUCAGCUUCUCGAAUUCCCUUUUCACCACAGGCUCUGGGAAAAAAGUUACCAUAUCUUCUAGCGGUCUGGUUAGAGCAAAGACGUUGCUGGACACCAUUGACAGUAAUAUCCAAAGUACAAGUAAAUUGCACGCAUUUGGAGAAAAAAUUGGGAAGCGAGAAGAAGAAGAAGAAGAAGAAGAAGAAGAAUCGCCUCAAUUGAAACUGCAUAGAGUUAUCAGCAAUCCUUCUGUCGGGGAUCUUCAUGCAUUGAAGAAUGUUUUUGAGGAAAGGAAUCUAGUCAGUCAAGCUCCGAUCAAAUUUCACAGUGCUGGUGGAAGGUCUAUAUCCAUUUCCAGUGACGCGCUGCAGCGUGCUCGGAGCCUUCUGGGUGAUCCGGAUGUGGGGGAUUUGUUUGAAGGAGGGGAUGGCGACAAUUCAGUCUUUUCUUUUCCAUUUAAGAGACAAACGGACACGGCUGCCUCAAGUGAUUGUAGUACUUCUUUGGUUUGCCGGGUAACAUCCGGUAGCAAUUUUAAGACGAAGAGUUUUACUUUCCCCUUGCAGUCUUCUAGGCACAGAGAAUUGUCAACCAAGUUUCCUUCUGAAGGUGACGGGAUUAACUUGAUAAAGAAGUUUGAUACUGUUGGGGAAGAAAGUGGUUGUGGAUGGAAAAGUACCAAUGCUUGUGGACAGAAGCCUCUGAAUGGAAAAGUAGUAUAUGAUUCUUCAUUGAAUGCUUUUUCUUCGACACGCGGCAUGGCAGUACGUAGGGCAUUAGUUGAUGUUUCCAAUACCAUUAACAUGGAUGAAACAAACAAUAGACAAGCUUCUAGUGGAAAACGGAGACUAGGGUUGUGCCGUUUUCUCAACCUGAGCAGACAAGUGACAUCAGUUAAUGCAGAAAAGUAUGUGUUUCAUGAAGGGUCUGGUGAUAAUGACGUGGGAGCAGAAGCUUUUGUCCAUCUAUUGUCUCACUAUGGAGCUUCCAUGCAUUUUGCUACCAAAGAGUAA